AUGAACGGACGCUCACCGGUGCUGAUAAUAUGGAGCGUGAUCAUGCUUCUCAUCGGCAUGGUGGCUGUGGGUCUUCGCAUUGCAUCUAUCAGGACAAGGCGCCGGGAAGUCAAAGUUCACGACUAUCUAGUCUUCUUCUCAAUGGUCAGUAUAAGCCCAGCCAAAGUGCCGCAUAGACUGACUGUUAACCAGUUAAUGCUGGCUGGAUACGUGACAGACAUGGUGGUUGGUAUGUCGGAGUCUGAUCAUAGCGUUCGAGGUUGGCUGACGGGACAAUGCAAAGGUUCAACGGUCGCGGGGUAUGGUGGACAUACACAGGGAAUGAGCAUCACGCAUCCAGUCGAACUGAGGAGGGCAUUGAAGAUAUUCUGGGCCUCGGAAUGGAUAUGGUCAACGGCGACAACGUCAUUUCGCCUCGCAAUCAUUCUGCUGUACAUGGAGAUAUUCCCUGGCAACAGGAAGUUUGUACAUGGUGCAAUUGGCGUCGGUGCAUUGGUAACCCUAUACUGGGUAGCAACAAUCUUCGUCCUUUCCUUUCUGUGUCAGCCAAUCGAAUACAACUGGAACCAUAAUAUUCCAGGAAGAUGUGGGGAUGUCCGAAAGAUCCUUUAUGCAUCUGCGGGCUUCAACAUGGUGAUGGACCUUGUUGUCGUGCUUCUGCCACUGCCAGUCAUCUGGGGAUUACGUAUGUCCAGCCGAAAAAAGAUGGGAGUGACCACAUCCUUUGCAAUUGGAAUACUUACGGCCGGCAUCAACCUAGCUCGCAUUGUCCAGACCAGAAUGUGCCCAUCGGAGGAUCCCAUCUGGUGCACGCGAGACUCCUCGCUUCUAAUGAUAGCAGAGAUGACCGCUGGGAUCUGGGUGGCCUGUGUCCCGACAUUUGGCCCUUUGAUCUCUCGACGGAAGAAGACCUUCACGCGUCAACAUCAUCUGCCGACUAUCGGGUCAGCCCGAAUGCGCCCACAUCACCAGGCCAAAUCAGACUCACUCCUCUCCACGCUCAAUCGUAGUCAGCAUGAUAGCGAGAGGACAGAUGGAUCAUCCAACAAGCCUGUGACUGAUCAUGACCCCAAAGUGGCAGAUAUACAAGAAGUCUGUCAGGACUGUGAUCCGAGUAUAAAUGUGCCUUUGCGGGUGUUGGAAGAUUCAAGGAUCUAA